CUUCGUGUUAUGAUAUCCUGAGAGCGUCAGACUCGGUCACUAUGUUUACUACGAAUUUGGAUGAGAUCUAUGCCCUACCUUAUAUAGGAAUGGGCUUAUUUGGCUAUGUGUUCAAGCUUAGCGACGACCGAGUUAUCAAGGUACCUCGAAUUUUCCCCGAAUCAGAGCACGAGCAUAAUUCACAUUUAAACUGGGUCAACUUGGAGAGCCUCAAGAAAGAGGGAGCGAUAUACAAACGAUUGGGUGUACACGAGGGAAUCAUUCAAUGCCUCAAAAUCCAAGACGAGUCAAUCGAGCUUGCUUUUGCUAAUGAAGGCACCCUUCUGACAUACAUCCAAACCCAUUCUCCGCCGACAAAAGAUUUUCGAUUCGAGUGGAUUCGGUCUCUUACUGAUACUUUCGUCUACGUCCAUUCCCGUCGGGUCCUAGUUCAGGAUAUUGAUUUGCAGAAUAUUCUUGUUCACGACUCGAGCCUCAAACUUGUAGACUUUGGACAAUCCUUUAUAUUACCACCUAACGCAGACAUGAAACAUGCUUGUGUAAAUGAGACAACUACGAGCAUGGAAAUCCUUCAUCUAGGAUGUAUCUUCUAUUCUAUUGCGGCAUGGACCAAGUUUAAAUACUACUACUUUGACCAUUGGCGAUGGCCACUACUAGAAGAGCUUCCUGACACAAAUGACAUCAUUUGUGGAGAUGUUAUCAAGAAAUGCUGGACUGCAAAGUAUGCUACCAUCGAGGAGGUCGCGAAGGACAUUCAAAGUCAAGCGGAUGAGGUUUCUAAUCACUGAGUGGAUGCCAGUAUGGUCAUAUAUCCCACUAAUUUGAGUGACUCAAGGGAUUUUUUUGUGUUGAGGUUUAGAGUCAAUGAAAAGAACAAUAUGAUGGUAUCAACAAAACAACAUAGAAAGGGGAAAAAAGCAAAGAAAUCCAAUAAGUAUGAG